AUGAAGGAAGCAUCAACAGAUGUAGAUACCAGGAACGUUGUGAAGAACAGGGAAUUGUUAUACCGUAUGAUUAUCAGUCAGUUAUACUAUGAUGGUUUCCAACCAAUUGCGGCAACGCUAUCUGCAGCUGUACAUGCUGAUCCACCAUGCCCACCAAGUGACAGGCUUCUUAAUCUGAUGAUGGUGGGGCUCCAGCAUGAACCGGACCGAAAAGACAGGCUCGCUGCAUCAAGUGGCGCUGAACAUCUUUUGGGGACUACUGGUUUUGACUUGGAGUUCGAAAUGGACGCGUCGUCGCUGGCGCCGGAGCCGGCGACGUACGAGACGGCGUACGUGACGUCGCACAAGAUGGCGUGCCGCGCCGGCGCGUUCAGCUCCUGCGGGCAGCUCGUGGCGACCGGCAGCGUGGACGCGAGCAUCAAGAUUUUGGAUGUGGAACGCAUGUUGGCUAAAUCCGCGCCCGAAGAGGUCGACCCGGGGAGGGAGCAACAGGGCCACCCGGUUAUAAGGACAUUGUACGAUCACACAGACGAAAUAACAGCGCUCGAUUUCCACCCCCGGGAACAGAUACUCGUGUCGGCGUCGAGGGACUGCUGCAUCAAGCUCUUCGAUAUCACUAAAGCGUCCGCCAAGAAGGCGUACAAGUCGAUAACGGACGCCGAGCAAGUGUUGUGCGUCGCGUUCCACCCGCUCGGUGAUCACAUCAUAGCGUCCACCACUCACCCGGUGAUCAGGUUGUAUGACGUCACCACCAGCCAGUGCUUCGUGUGCCCGGUGCCGUCGCACCAUCACAAGAAACAAGUCAACUCGAUCAAAUUCUCACCCAACGGGAAAUAUUUCGCAAGCGGCAGCGCGGACGGCUCGGUGAAGUUGUGGGACACGGUCUCCAAUCGCUGUUUCAACACGUUCAAGAACGCGCACGACGGCUCCGAGGUGUGCUCCGUCGCGUUCACGCGGAACAGCAAGUACCUCCUCACCUCCGGAAUGGAUUCGUCGAUAAAACUAUGGGAACUGGCUAGCAGUAGAUGUCUCAUACAAUACACCGGUGCGGGAACGACUGGCAAGCAGGAGCACCACGCGCAGGCCGUGUUCAACCACACGGAGGACUACGCGAUGUUCCCGGACGAGGCGACCACCUCGCUCUGCACGUGGCACUCGCGCAGCGCGAGCCGCUGCCAGCUCAUGUCGCUGGGGCACAACGGGGCGGUCAGAUAUAUCGUACACUCGGGAACGGCGCCAGCAUUUUUAACUUGCAGCGAUGAUUACAGAGCUCGUUUUUGGUAUAGACGUAAUACACACUAAAUAAAUGUACUUUUUGUGA